UUUAACGGGACCAUCCGAUAUGUUCCAGAAAGCUCCCAAGACAAAAUUAUCACUGAUGAAGAUGUCUUUGCAACACUACUGAAAGUAUUUAAAGCUCUGUUCAUAAAUGACUUUAGUAGACAAACCCACAUCUUGGCCAUACUUCCGGAAAUUAAAUGUAAAUAUCUGGAACUACUACUGACUGUUGAGCUGGAGAGAUCGACUGUAAAUUCAUGUAACCAUCAGAGUCAACGUCUGUUUAGUCCGGAGGAGGUUCUGUUUAAUACGCUAGGGUUCAGUAUUACUCGAGACCGAAGUUCACUGGUUUCUGCUGGAACGGGAGUCUUUGUUACCAAAGGUUUUGUGCCAAAAGGGACCGUUGUGUCUAUGUAUCCUGGUACAGUAUACAGAAAGUAUGAACCCAUCUUUUUCCAGUCCCUUGGCAAUCCCUUUAUUUUUAGGUGCAUAGAUGGUGUUCUUAUUGAUGGGAAUGAUAAAGGACUAUCCAGAGCAGUGUACAGGUCUUGCAGUAGGAGAGACCAACUCGGUCCAUUUCAAAUGAGUGAUGUGAGCUGGCUCACGGCUGCCCUGCAAAACCCACUGGCCGUGGGACAGUACGUGAACAACUGCUCACAUGACAAAGCAGCCAAUGUCUGUUAUCAGGAGUUUGACGUGCCAGGAUCUUUUCCAGUAGAACUGAAACAGUAUCUUCCAAACAUCGUCUACAGCCAUGCCAUACAGAGCCACCUGAGGUGUGUAGUGCUUGUUACUCUCAGAGACAUCAAGCAAGGAGAGGAACUUUUUUCCAAUUACUUCACUGUCGUCAACUGAAUUAAUAGGUUGAAAUCUGUUUUAUUAAAAUAAAUUAACGGUAUAUGUACUUCAAGCUUCAUGAGCAUCUUUGCAUAAUGGAGAGCUGUGCUUUGUUGUUUAGAAAGUGAGCUGCAGCCUUGUGUUUCCCUGAAAAGACUCCACAUCUGAUGCAGAAGUGAAGGUUUAGCUGUUUACAUCAUUAGGUUCUCCGCUGCCUAUUAUUAUUUAAAGUUAAUUGGUUUCAGUUCAUAAAAUUAAAAUGUAAGUUCUGGA